AAGCUGGUGUUUCACAGGAAUAUGGCCAAUAUGUACGCAAGAGUUAUAGCCGUUACUUCGGUCCCACCUGACCAAAGAGCCGACAAAGACAUUGAGUUACUGCUUCCAUGGUUUAAACGCAAAACUGAGCUGUUUUCUUCAUUGCAUAACGAUGUAACCAAGGAUAUUAUCAAGAACUGUGUGUUUCGCAGAUAUGGAACAGAUGACGUCAUCAUAAAGCAGGGAGACAAGGGUCAUAGUUUUUUCAUCGUGUUAAACGGUUCAAUAUCAGUUUACAUCGCCGCCGACGAGGAUGAACCUUCUACCAGCACCCCCAGCGAUGACCCAGAACAACCCAGAACCAUUAGGGAUGAGCUGGGCACAUGCGUGAGAUCACUUGGCCCUGGUACGAGCUUCGGUGAGCUUGCCCUUAUCGACUCCGGGAGCAUUCGGAAGGCUUCGGUUAUUGCCGAUGAACCUUCGGAUUUUAUCGUUGUUGAUCGGAAGUUGUACAGCCGCUCGCUAAAGGUCGCCCAGAAACGAGAUCUUGAAGAAAAGAAGGAGUUUAUAGAAAACCAUCCUCUUUUUGAUAAGUGGAAGGCUCGACACAAGUCUAUUCUUGCGUUGAGUUUACGGCGCAAGAGGGCGCUAUUUGGAAAUCGUUUGGUUCAACAAGGAGCAGUCGUACAGAACUUGCAUUUCAUCUUAAAGGGACAAGCAAAGGUGUCGAUAUCUCCAUGGCGACAACCAAACCGAAUGAUUAUCGAAAGAGACUUUGAGCAAAGGCCUGCAACAGCAAUUAACGGUACCAAAACGACUGAAACCAAGACUAGGUCAAAGAGCGCCGCCAACGAUAUGAUCAUCGAUGUUUGCACAAUUGGCCCAGGGGACAUAAUAGGUGACUUGGAGGUGGCGUGUGACAUCUCUGCGCAUGUGCAGACUGUCACGUGUCUCGAAACUGUAGACACCUUCUUGUUAGAUUGUGAUAAUUUCAACAAGUUGGUGACGUCAAAGAAGAAUACAAACACAUUGGAUGAAUUGAGAGUUGCAGCAAAGAUUAAACUAACAGGACGGGCAUACAGAGCCCAAAAUGAACCGUUGAUCUCAUUUUUGGAAACUCUACUCAAGAAAAUCACAUCAGGAGAACCAACCCCAGCAUCUCAAGACGACAUGCGCCCUGAUUACUGGAUGAUCCAUCGAGGUCCUCUCAUAGACAAGAUCGGACCAGGGUCACUGUACCAUCGAGUUCAGAUGCUGAACGAAAAGUUGCGCCGGAAGAGGGAACGGCGAGAGAGGCAGAAGGCUGUUGAAAAUCCAGGGGAGAGUUCUUCGAAUGAACUCAACAAAAUUACAGACGCUAAGAUUAAAGCUACAAUUCAUCCAGAGUUUAUGUCAGCUUUUGUAGCUGAACAAUCAGAACGAAAUGAAGGAACAAAAGCUGAAAUCAGUCAAAUAAGCAGAGUCCCAUCAUCACCAUUAGAAAUUAAGUGUAAAGACGAGAGACAGGAAUCCAAUGGAAACCAACUCGGGGAAAAGCAAAAAAUUCAUGGAGUGCCCCAACUUUUCCCAACACUGCCUGAGAAUAAAUGGGCAACACAUAGACAUCCAUCGACAGCAAAUAGCAGCAGUGUGCAGCACUUUCAUAGGCGAAGUCCUUCCAGCACACAAGUUACUAUUCCUGCCAAUUUCCUAAAUCAAAAUCACCGACGAAACAUUUCUAAAAGUGUGACAAUCAGCAGGACAGAGAGUAGAACACGAUGGGUGAGGUCGGCUCCUGCAACGGUAUCAACAUCCCCCAAUGCACGCCGGACACCGGAAGACUCUGAUGAAGUUUGGCAAAGACAGUACAGCGCGGCGGAAUAUAAAGGCCUAAAGGAGAAGCUAAGACUUCAAGAAAAAAGACACAUUCGUUAUCUAUAUUCCCUCUGGUAA